AUGGAUACUAGUCCUACAAGAAGUAUUGAUGGACAGACAGGUGUGGGGGAGAGCCCUGCCAAUGGGGAGUCAAGGCACCGAGGCAGCACCAGGGGCAGCUUCCGCGCCUUUGCCACAUGGAGCUCAUCCUCCCAGUCAUUCCAAAAGGAAGAUCUAGGGAGCAAUGUUAGUAAGAGACUUAAUUCCAUUGUCAACUCCCAAUACAAUGACCAUCACAGCACCACAGCAGAUCCCAAGGGCCAACUGUGGGUGUCAGCAGAACCUGACACAACCACCACCAAUACCGCCACUACCACAUUCUCCAAAGGAGCCGAAGUCAUCACUUCUACUCAGGCCUCAGAGACGGAGGAGAAUGACCAUGUGGACCAGUCCACCUACUUUCAGAGGCAGUUUGGGGCGCUGCUCCAGCCAGGGGUCAACAAGUUCUCCCUGCGCAUGUUUGGUAGUCACAAGGGCGUGGCAGCGGAGCAGGCCAGGGUCAAAUCCUUUGGAGUGUGGAUCAUCCACCCCUACAGUGACUUCAGGUUCUAUUGGGACAUUGUGAUGCUACUCCUGAUGAUGUGCAACCUGGUAAUCCUCCCCUGGGGCAUCACCUUCUUUGAAGACCAGAAAACUUUGCCCUGGAUCUCUUUCAACGUCAUCUCUGACACCUGCUUCCUGGUCGACCUGGUCCUCAACUUCCGCACGGGCGUCCUAGAGGGAGACGACCAGAUCAUCCUGGACCCCAAGGUGAUCCGUAUGCGUUACCUGAAGACUUGGUUCGUAGUGGACUUCAUCUCCUCCAUCCCAAUGGACUACAUCUUCCUGAUAGUGGACCUGGAGGCCCAGAUGGAGGCUUCGGAUGUGUACCGCACGGCCCGUGCUCUCCGUAUCGUCCGCUUCACCAAGAUCCUCAGCCUGCUGCGUCUCCUGAGACUGUCCCGCUUCAUCCGCUACAUCCAUCAGUGGGAGGAGAUAUUCCACAUGACCUAUGACCUGGCUAGUGCUGUUGUGCGUAUAGUAAACCUGAUUGGUAUGAUGCUACUGCUGUGCCAUUGGGACGGCUGCAUGCAAUUCAUGGUGCCCAUGUUGCAGGAUUUCCCACCAGAUUGCUGGGUUACCAAGAACAACAUGGUGAAUUCCACAUGGCAUUUACAGUACUCAUAUGCCCUGUUCAUGGCGAUGAGUCACAUGUUGUGUAUAGGAUAUGGUGCCCAGGCUCCCGAGGGCAUGACGGACGUAUGGCUGACUAUCAUGAGUAUGAUUGUGGGCGCCACCUGCUAUGCCAUGUUUCUGGGCCAUGCCGCCAACCUGGUUCAGUCCAUAGACGCCUCCCGACGACAGUAUCAGGAUAAGUAUAAGCAGGUGGAGCAGUACAUGUCGUUCCAUAAGCUGCCGGCGGACGUGAGGCAGAGGAUCCAUGAGUACUAUGAGAUUCGCUUCCAGGGCAAGAUGUUUGACGAAGACAGUAUUCUGGGAGAACUCAGCGACCCGCUCAAGGAGGAAAUUGUGAGCUUCAACUGCCGUGGGUUGGUAGCCAACAUGCCGCUGUUUGCCAAUACAGACCCUCAUUUUGUAACAGUGAUUCUGACCAAGCUGCGCUUUGAGGUCUUUCAGCCUAAUGACUUCAUCAUACGGGAGGGGACACUGGGGCGGAAGAUGUACUUUGUCCAACACGGCUGCGUUACCGUGCUCCCCCGCGGAAAAAAGGAGAUACAGCUUAGUGAUGGAGCCUACUUUGGGGAGAUCUGCCUGCUGACCCGUGGACGUCGGACGGCAAGCGUGAGGGCUGAUACGUACUGCCGCCUCUAUUCCCUGAGCGUGGACAGCUUCAACGAGGUCCUGGAGGAGCACCCGCUGAUGAGGAGGGCCUUUGAGAGUGUGGCUGUGGACCGUCUGGACCGGGUACAGGGGCGAGAACCCUUCAUGAGCUUCUCCACAGACUGA